GCCACCGCCCCGGAACCAGGCCUUCUCUGUUCUGCCUUCCAAGAGGGGGCCCGGGAGUAGCCCUUGGGAGGGCAGUCUCCCGCACGUCCCGAAGUCCCUCUGGCCACCCGGCGUCGAUCCAGGCGGAGGCCGGGAGGGGGCCACCCUCCCCGCGAGGCUCCAGACUCAGGCAUUUCCUCCCUGCUGCCCGGCGCGGCCUUCCCCUCCGAACGAAGAAAAUCCUGGGGCCCGAGUAACCCGGCCGAUCGCCCCGGUGUGCUGCGGCUGCCAAGCCAGGAGGGCCGCUCAGGGUAGGAUAGGAGUCCGGAGUAGAAGCUGGUCUAGGGCAGCUCGACAGGGACUGAGCCGGACAGGGACAGGGCGCGGCCAGGGACCGGAGUGUGCAGAACGGGCGGCGCCUGGAAGGGGAACUUGAGCUGGGAGUGGAGGCAGAGCAGUGGGGUUGCUGGUCCCGGCGCUGCGAGCCGGGAACCGCCUCCAAGGCCAAGGACACGGGGGCCGCGGGGCCGCCGGGGCGCUGCGCGCAUGCUGGACAGGGGACAUCACCCGGGCUCGCGCCCUGGGCCGCCCGGGCUCCCGGCAUGUCCGUGCGGUACACACUCAACCUGAAGGUCUUCUGGCCGGUGGUGACCGGACUAUGCACUGCGCUGGUGUGCCUCUACCAUGCCCUGCGCAGCACCGAGGGAGCCCGGGCUGAGCCCCCCGACGGCGUAGACAGCGGCUUCCCGCUGCUCAAGGUGGCCAUCCUCCUUCUUCUCGGCUACAUCCUCCUACGAUGUCGCCACACCAUCCGUCAGCGCCUCUUGCCAGGCUCUUCCCGCCCUUGUGGCCACGCAAACUUUUCAGCCAGAUCCUUGCAAGAGCCAGGCCUGAGCAUCUUACUGGAGAGUUACUAUGAGCACGAAGUGCGCCUGUCGCCGCAUGUGUUAGGUCAUAGCAAGGCGCACGUGAGUCGGAUCGUGGGUGAACUGGUGCAGGCUGGCCGAGCCCGAGGGUCUCCAGGCCCCAUUACCGGGGGAGCGCUGGCCUUGGCCUUCAGGGGAGAUUUCAUCCAGGUGGGCAGCGCCUACGAGCAGCAUAAAAUCCGCCGGCCAGACAGCUUCGACGUGCUGGUACCACUGCGCUUCCCGCCGCAGGUGGCUCUGGAGCCGCGGAACCUGGGGACCGAGCCCACGCUGGCUCCUGCCUUCCGCAGCUGCUUCGUGUGUGCCCUCAAGGCACCGCCCUCGCCUUCGGGGACCUCGACAGGACAGUGGCAUCGCGACUGCAAACCCUUUGCUGAAGGGUUCUGUGUGGAUGUGCAGGGCCGACGCCACCUCUCUGCCACCUUGGUGCUGCGCUGGUUCCAGGCGCACCUACAGCGCUCCUUGGCCACAGUGCGCUACAGCCUGGAGGGUCGCUGUAGAGUUAGCCUGACCCCAGGUGGUCUGGAGCAGCCUCCCACCCUCCACAUCCUUCCUUGCCGCACGGACUAUGGCUGCUGUCGCCUUUCCAUGGCCGUGCGCCUCAUCCCCGCUGUCCAUCUGGGCGAUGGCGUCUUCCUUGUGGCACCGCCACCACCACCCUCGCCCAACGGAGCCCUGUCAGAGCUGCCGGGUGGCCUGCGCGCUGAAGCACUGUGGGGUGUGAAUACAGCACGCCAGGAGCAGAAACUGCUGGGCUGGCUUCAGGAACGGGCUCCUCCAGGUGCCUGCUACCUCAAGUGCCUGCAACUGCUUAAAGCUCUUCGAGAUCUGGGUGCCCGCGGGCUGGACCCUACGGCUGCUACCCACUGGGGCCGCAUCCUGUCUUCCUACGUGCUGAAAACGGUGCUGCUGGCGGUGCUUCUGAAGGAGGGCGGUCCAACGCACAGCUGGGACGAGGCACACCUGAGUGAGUGCUUGGAGAAGCUGGUGAAGUUUCUUAGGGACUGCCUGCUGCGACGCAGAGACCUCUUCCACUGUGUCCUGGGCCCAGGUGGGGCUGCCGCCGAGGUGGGCCCCCUGCCCAAGGUGCUGCGCGAGGCCGCUCCAGUUGACCUCCUGGCACCCUUCGAUCAGCAUGCCCGGGAGCUCGCAGCGGCGCGGUUGCUGUCCACCUGGCGAAGGUUGCCCCAGCUUCUCCGUGCCUAUGGCGGUCCCCGCUACCUUGCCAGAUGCCCCUUACCCCGGAGUCAACGCAACCAGGGCUUCCCUGAAGAUGAACCAUGAACCCGGAUUACACUCCACCUGACCAAUGUCCCUUUCCCACAGGAUGGGAGGGAGGGUGUUAGUUCAAUCCGAGAUGAGCUGUAGAAAGGGUUAGGAAAUUUGGAGGAUAUCAAAGGCUUUGGUGGGCAUAAAUGUUCUGCCCUAGGCUCCAUGACCCAAGAUAGUUGUGGCAUCUUCUCCAGGCCCAACAGAGUGUCCUGGGUGGUCUUAUGCUCGCAUAUCUCUGCCCCCAAAUUAUUUGAAGCAAUCAUGUUUGAUAUGCCUACUUGUUAGAUGCUAGGUUCUCAACUAGGUGUUCAUGUUUUUGGAGGGGUGCUGUAUAUUUGUUUCAGUUACGGGGUUGGACUCCUGGGUCUUGCGUAUGCUAGGCAGCUACUUCACAACAGAGCUGCACAUCCAGGGCCCCUAGUUUUGUUUUUAAAAGGGGGGGGGAAUACUUAUCCACAACUGGAGUUGAAAUUCUAGUCCAGCUGUUAGCAUACCAGAGCAAUAAUUUAGCCAUUCCCAUGAGCAUUUAUGUAUUUUUAAUGGUGCAAUCAUAAGUUUGUUGAGCAAGAUUAAUGGAGUUGCCAUAAAUUAAGUGACCUUGCUAAGACUUUCAGAGCAAGCGGCCCUCUAUGUCCAGCCAUUCUCAUGUUCUGUGGAGGCCGGAACCAGGGACUGUUCAAAGAGGGCUCCGCGCAGUUAUCUGGAAGACCAAAGCUCUGAGAAGCAGCUAGCCACCAUUCAACACUCUUCAGGUCACAGGUGGAGAUUGGGCACUCAGCACCUGUUCAUUUGAGCUGGGCAGAAUGCAGGGGGAAAAGAUCCUUAAUUAAGACAGGUCUGGCAAAAGUGU